AUGUUCUACCCUCACCAUCAAUCGGGACAACCCGCCUCCUCCUCCAAGCACCACGACGGUCCCCCAGGUCCCGGCUCCAAUGCUCCGCCUAGUGGACUCGGUGGAACUUGGGGAAGGCAUCCGUUUCCUCCGCCUGGAGGUCCGAUGCCACUUCCUUCCCCAGGGUACGGUCCCCCUAGCGGACCAGGAGGGCCUAAUGGGAAUCAGGGUCCAUCGGGCCAAGGAGUGAAUGGGAUGAUGGGCUUCGCACCUGGUCCGCAUCUACCGGGUCAUGGACCUCAUCCAAGCUUUGGGAAUGGCUCUGGUGGAAUGCACCUCGGCUCAGGAGCAGGAGGUAGUCUCGGCAUGGGAUAUGGGAUGGGAAUGUUUGCCAACUCUGGAGGUCAGGGCAAUGGGUUAGGCGGAGGCCAAGGUGGAAGUCCACCUAGACCAGCAGAGAGUAAUAUGCCAAUGACUUCGCAUUGGCAGCAGCAGCUCAUGCGCUACGAGGCUGCAAGGGCAUCCAACUCGCCUCAUCAUCGAGCUCGAUCCGCUGCUAUGGCCUCGAGAAUGUCGAACAAACCGUCUGCCGUCACCAUUUCUGACCCUAAUCAUAUUUCUACUCCCUCAUCCCUCGCACCGACCCUCAAUGGAACCAGCAAAAAGCAUAAUGCCGGAUCCCUCUCCGUCUCUAGCCGGAUCGAAACACCUCCCCCGCCCAGCUCAGAUCCAGGGACGACACCGGCGCUGUCGACAGUUGAUCCUGCUGAUCCGACUGCCGCUCCAGCUCCCGCGACAAAGGACGACGAAACGACGUCGAACGAACCCUGGAUGGGAUUAGAUCUAGGCGGAAUCAAGCUCAGGACCUUGUCUACUGCUCUGUUCACUUUCACCCACAUAACUCAACUCUACGUCAACCACAACGCCCUCUCCUCCCUCCCUUCUGCCAUUUCUUCUCUGCGGCAACUUAGCUUGUUGGACGCGACCGGCAACGAAUUGACAGCGAUCCCACCAGAAGUAGGCUAUCUCUUCAAAUUGACCGAGCUGUUGCUCUUCGAUAAUCAUUUGACAACGCUGCCAUUCGAGCUCGGAAUGCUGUACAAGCUUGAAACACUCGGGAUCGAGGGCAAUCCAAUGGAUGAAAAGUUCAAGAAGCUGUUGGCGGAGAAUGGUACCCCGGGUUUGAUCAUGCACCUCAGGGAUGAAGCGCCUUCGCCAGAUCCUCCUCCACAGCGGUCCUGGAUCGAAAUUGAGAAUCCGCCUCCUCAUCCAUCUGAAGGCAAGCAAGAGCAAUUGACAGUCUUGUCCUACAACAUUCUUUGCCCAUCGUUCACACCUAGCUCUACCUAUGUCUACACUCCAUCCUGGGCACUGGAUUGGCAAUAUCGAAAGGGCGUGAUCCUGGACGAGAUCACCAAUGCGGCACCAGAAAUUGUCUGUCUCCAGGAAAUCGACUGCGAGCAGUAUGCCGAGUUCUUCCACCCUCAUCUCAAGCAACAUGGAUACGAAGGGUGUCAUUAUCCGAGAACGAGAGCCCGGACCAUGCCUCCGGAAGAGGCCAAGCUGGUCGAUGGCUGUGCGACCUUCUGGAAGGCCGACAGAUUUCAGCUCAUUGAGACCCAAGUCAUCGAGUUCAACCAGGUUGCGCUUCAAAAGAUUGAUAUGCGGACAGAUGACAUGUUCAACCGAGUCAUGUCCCGAGACAAUAUUGCGGUGGUCUGCAACUUUGAGCUUAUCGCAUCUGGUGCUCGGUUAAUGGUGUGCAACGCCCAUAUUUACUGGGAUCAUCGGUAUCGAGACGUCAAGUUGGUCCAGACGGGAAUGUUGAUGGAAGAGCUCGAAAAGGCAAUCGAUAGAUUUGCAAGUCUGCCACCGAAACCUCAGACUGGAUCGGAAUACAACAACGGCAAGUCUCCAUCCUACGAUCGCCGCAAACAUGGGCUCGACAUUCCUUUCAUUCUGUGUAUGGAUACGAACUCGACAUUGGACUCGUCAGUCUACAAUUACCUGUCAACAGGUACAGUGCCUCCAGAUCACGAGGAUUUCAUGUCGCACACCUACGGAACAUACACCAACAAGGGCCUGACUCACGGUCUGGACCUCGAGAGUGUAUGCGCCAGCUUUGGUGGUAUGAAAAUGACCAAUCAUACGCCGACGUUCAAGGAGGCGAUCGACUACAUCUUCUUCACUCCCCAGAAUCUUUCGGUACUGAGCGUACUAGGUGACGUGUCUCAAGACUAUCUGGACAAGACGGUCGGGUUUCCAAACGUCCAUUUCCCGUCCGAUCACAUCCCAGUCUUUGCCCAGUUGAGAAUCAAGGGCAAAGUCGAUCCUAGUGCGUCCGGUGACGACAAGCCGAAUGGCUUCCGUCGCCGGGACUGA